AUGAAAUCCCUUCGGAGGCGAGAGAGGGAAGUCUUUGGAGAGAAUCAGUUUCACGCGAAAACAUCCACCGAAAUAAGGCGUACAGGCUUUACAUGGGAUCAGAUCAACACUCAUGAGACACACUGCCAUUCAAUGGCCAUUACUAUAGACAAUACCGGGUCCGUCGAUCACCGCCUGAAUGUCCGACACGUCCUCUUCAUUAAGACAAACGCGAAUGCCUUCCAACGGAUUGGACACGAGUUGUGCCAACUCUUUGGACACCUGACGGAUCACUUGUGGCGACAGAUUCUCCACACAAACGCGAAUGCCUUCCAACGGAUUGGACACGAGUUGUGCCAACUCUUUGGACACCUGACGGAUCACUUGUGGCGACAGAUUCUCCACUCGUUAAGUAAAAUCUGUUCAAUGGAUGCCAUGUCUGGAGAGGAGAGUCGUCUCGACGUCUAUUUGGCGAAGGUAACGAAUCCGUUGAAUGAAGACAUCGAUUGCGAUCUAUUGAACGGAUUGUGUGAUGCCAUCAAUGAUAGACCCGAUGGACCACAGAUUGCUCUCCGAUUUAUUGCACACAAAAUACAAUCGCCUCAAGAGAUUGAAGCCUUGCAUGCAUUGAAUGUGUUGUCGAAAUUGAUCCCAAUUUGUGGCCACCGAUUGAUCGAUGAAAUCGGAAAGUUUCGCUUUUUGAAUGAAAUCUGUUCAAUGGAUGCCAUGUCUGGAGAGGAGAGUCGUCUCGACGUCUAUUUGGCGAAGGUAACGAAUCCGUUGAAUGAAGACAUCGAUUGCGAUCUAUUGAACGGAUUGUGUGAUGCCAUCAAUGAUAGACCCGAUGGACCGCAGAUUGCUCUCCGAUUUAUUGCACACAAAAUACAAUCGCCUCAAGAGAUUGAAGCCUUGCAUGCAUUAAAUUAUUUAGCCCAUCGAUCGUCUCCUAAAGUGAAACAAAGAGUCAUUGAAUUAAUGUUUUUAUGGAGUCUUGAGUUGAAAGAAAUGCCCAAAAUCUUUGAGGCCUAUCAGAUGCUGAAGAAACAGUCCAUUGUUACCGAUGACCCGACACAUGUCAUACCCGACUAUAAGCCUCCGACUCCACCCCUCCCGCGACCGAAGGACGAGAUCUUUGAUGACGAAAAAAAUGCCCAAUUGUUGCAAAAGUUACUUAAGAGCGGACGACCGGAAGAUCUGGACGCAGCCAAUCGUCUCAUCAAAUCAAUGGCCAAAGAGUCCGACAAACGAAUGGAUCUGAAAACAAGAUUUGAGUCCGAAAUCGAAACCGUUUAUAACAACGCGAAUGUAUUGUCAGAAAUGCUAUUAUUUUAUUCAUCAAAUGAAAGCUCCGCUGAAGAGAAGGAUCUGAUGAGAGAGUUGUUUGAAAGUUGCGAACGAUUGAGAAUACGUUUAUUUAAAUUAGCCAAUGAUUUCACCGAAGAUGACCCCAAUCUGACCUCUCUUUUCAAUGCGAACGACGAGUUGACAAAAGUUAUUAACGCUUAUAAACAAAGGUUUGGAAUCGUAUCGAAAGUCAACUCCAAUAAUAGCGGUGCGCCUGAAAGCAAUCAAUUGAGUCUAUUGGACAUAACGGCACCGAUUGCUGGCUCUGAAAGCGUAUUGAAUGACGAGGAACUGCUUGACGAUCACAUCUAUUCCUUAACCCAUUCCGGUGUAAACGGCGCUAAAAAUAGUACUUUUGAUGAUUUACACGAAUUGAAAGAAAUAUUUUUGCAAAACAAGUCAGAGGUAUCGCCGCAUAAAAACCCGUUACCCAAUGAUAUACUACUUCCCGAUCCCAUCAGACCAUCCAAUUCUAACUCAAUAGUCACCGAUAGUGAGAAAAAGUCAAAAUCUGGUCCAAUGUCUGCGUUAGAAGAGCUCGACGUUCUGAGCGAGCAUUUAAUGAAAAGCAAUCUUUCGAGCGAUGAAUUCAAACAGAAAUACAAUCUCUUGAAUAGCGAUCAGCCAAAGACCUCAUUGAAUGAAUUGCAGAGAAUUCAGUCAAACGCCAGAAUCUUAAAGGAGAAGGAGAAGACUGAGACAAACGACUCGAUCCCUUUGCCGCUCACCGAUGUUAACGUUGCACUCGAUUCCAUAGAACCCAGUGAUACGAAACCCAUUCAUUUAUACGACAAAAACAAUGUUAAAGUCAUUUUGCAUUUGACAUCAAAUUCGCCCCGAAUUGACGUCAAAGUAGUUGUGAUUACAAUAGCGAAUACCAAUCAAUUUCCAGUCUCUAAUAUAAACUUUUUAGCCGCUGUUCCUAAGUCAAUGCGAGUGAAACUGCAGUCGAUGUCUCCGGGCAAUUGUCUGCCCCCUUACCGACCAUUUGUAGCGCCGACUGUCAUAACGCAACUGUUAUGGGGUUAUUAUCAUGUAUUGGAGGAGUCUCUAACCGCUUUGGAUGAGGAGCUCCUCCUUGACUGUGCAGAUAGAGAGGGGAGACGUGAAUACAAGUGCUGCUUAAGACUGAGGGCUGGCAUACAUGGGUUAAAUCAAACGAUAAUGCGAUUCAGAGCCUCAAAGUUGGCUCAAAGAGCGCUUGUAAUCGCUUUUUGCAUAUGUUAUACAUCUUUGCUCUUCCUAUGGCUCACACCCAGCGCUCAAGAAGUUGUGACCAACAAUGACAGGUCCGGUGAUCAUCAAAACGCUGGUCACAACAGUAACGUAGGCUUUCAAGAAAGGGCGCCGCGAUCUGUGAACGACCGCAAAAAUAAUGUACAAAACAUCAACUCAUCAUUUAAUGGCAAUAAAAGCAAUAUAUUUAGUGAUUUAAGCAAUGAUUUGGAUUUAGACCACAACUCACUCAAUAGCCUUAAAAACAAAUCAUCGAAACAAAAGUUUGCCAUCACUUCACUCAACGAUAUAUUCAUUAGCGUUAAAACUACACUCAAAUUUCACUCCACACGACUCGAUGCCAUUCUCAAGACUUGGUUCCCAUUAGCGAAAGAACAGACUUUCUUCUUUACCGAUGCGGACGAUAAGCAUUACAAUGAAAAGUCGGGCGGACAUCUAAUCAACACAAACUGUUCCUCAUCUCAUAACAGACUAGAAUUUUAA